CGUGACGUGAGUCGUGAACCAGGGAAGAACCAAGAAGCCCGUUUGUUGAAUCUUCAUCGUACAUUAGAGAGAGAGAGAGAGAGAUUGUAGAGAGAGAAAUGGUGGGAAUUGCGGCAGCGAACGUAAUGUCUCAUCUUCUCUCUACAACUACGCAUCCUCUUUCUCUCACUACCUUUCACUCAAACUCUUCACUGGCUCUCAAAAUAGGAGGUGGCCGUCGUCUUCUACGUCUCAGGGUUGCUGGUUCUUCACUUGCUGCGGUCUCUGGGAACCUUACUGGAAGUUAUGAUCCUGAACUUCGAUCCGUGCUUGAAUUGGCAACCGAUUCAGAACUAUACGAAUUGGAGGGCAUUCUUUUUGGUCCAAGCUACUUUAGUCCUUUAAUAAAAUCAAUUGCAAAUGGAGGUGGAGCCGAUGGUUUUGUGCUUGGAGAAGACCAAGAUGCAAGGGAAGAAUUAAUAGAUAUACUUGAGUCUAGAUUCUUGUUUCUAGCAGCCGAUGCCAAAUCUACAUUAAGGGGUUGGAGGCCUUCAUAUAGAAAUGUCUUGCUUGGUGUGAGGAGAAAGCUAAAUGUUCCUUGUUCUAAUAAAUUAUCAACAGAGGAUUUGGAGGCAGAGAUAUUUCUUCAUUUAUUGCAAGAAUAUGUGAGUGAAGAUGCAGAGGUGAACUCUCUCCCUUGGGAUGACCCUAAAUUUUCCAAUAUUCGUCCUGAUGGCCCUUGGCGGCGUGGGCUAAGUCAGUUGAAGCUGCAGUUGCUUGCUGCAUUGAAAGUUGGAGCUGAGGAGCUUACUUCAACGAUGUUGAAGGGAGGUGGAGUUCUGACAUUCGCGAAGAUUUCUCAGUUGUUAGCAAGGAGAUUAUCUGGAAAGAUGCUAAUGGAGGCUGCCAACUAUCAGAUAAAACAAGAAAUUAUCAAGAAGGGUGGACAAUUGGCAGCUGUUAACUUAGAGUCUAGAUUGGCACUGCUUGCUGCAAGACAGGGCGUUGCUUGUGCGGCAUCAAGGUACCUUGGGCUUCGCAGCUUGAUGAUGUUACUUGGUCCAGUGCUCUGGGGAACUUUUCUAGCUGAUGUUGUUAUUCAAAUGAUUGGCACGGACUAUUCAAGGAUCUUACGAGCUAUUUAUGCAUUUGCCCAGAUCCGUCUUACUCGUACAUAUGGGUGGACAUCGAGCAAAAAAUCUAUAGCACGUUAUCACUAAGGAUUUGGACUGUGAGCUUACUAAAGUAUCAGACCCUCAUCAUUAUACUUUUGGCAAGGUCAGGAGUUCAGUUGUGUGUGCUUCCUGUGAGAAUCAUUCAUGACUACCAUGUUAUUUUCUCCUUUUGCCAAAUUAUGUAUUCUUUUCCUUGUAUUGUUUUGAACAAGCAUUAAUUCGUUAACAUGUCAUUUUCUCCUCUCUUGGUUUCGUGAUUUGUUUUGAAUAACUUAUAAUUCAUUUAUGGAAAUACUCUGGGAAAAGACCAAGCCAGAUGUGUCCCCUAAGCACUGGACGGUUGGUUUUUAGUAAAUGUUGAGGAUCUUUCUCAUACUAUAUAUCCAGGAUAAGGAAUUUUGCUUCUU